AUGGCCAUUCUUGAGUACAUCGACGAGAUAUUUGAAGGCCCUUCCAUCUUGCCUAAAGACCCUCAUGACCAUGCUUUAGCUCGUUUUUGGGCUAAGUUCCUUGAUGACAAGGUGGCUGCGGUGGUAAAUGCAUUCUUACGCAAGGGAGAAGAGCAUGAGAAAGCUAAAGAGGAAAUUUGUGAGAUGUUGAAAAUUCUUGAUAAUGAGCUCAAGGACAAGAAGCUCUUUGUGGCUAACAAAUUUGGUUAUGCUGAUAUGGCUGCAAAUUUGGUGGGACUUUGGAUGGGAUUUUUCGAAGAAGCAUCUGGAGUUGUAUUAGCAACAAAUGAAAAAUUUCCAAAUUUUUGUGCUCGGAGAGAUGCGUAUAUUAAAUGCAGUCAAGUCAAGGAAUAUCUACCUUCAAGAAUUGGUGAGUUGCUUGCUUUUUAUCAAGAUCGUGUUCGCGUUCAAGCUCCAACUUCUGCUACUCCUCAAAAAUAAAUUAAUACUCAUAUAAGUUUUGGAUUAUGUAUUGGAAUAAGAUUGUGAUUUUAGUACGAAUCUCGUAGAUUUCAAUUAUGUAUAAUAAGUGUGCAAAUAAAGAAAAGAAUUAAAAUGUGUGUUUGUAUAAGAUUAAGAAAGUCCUAAUAAAAUUA